CAUGUUGGGCGCAUUUUAAUGACGUAUUAUUUUUGCGCCUGUUUGAGAUCCUGCGUUGAAACAACACUUUAGCUUAUUUUCCAGGUUUACUCGUGUCUUGUUGCCCCGUGAUGAAUAAAAGCAAAGGUAACGGUGUGUCCUGGGUGAAACCAGCGGAACCCUCCUUUUUAAAAAAGUUUAAAAAUGACGUUGGCUACAAAGAAGGGCCGACUGUUGACACAAAGCGUCAGGAGAUGCCGGCACUGGAUGAUGACAGUGGCAGUGAUCGAGAAGAUGAGUUACCGCAAGUUGUUAUUGUUAAAGAUGGAGACCUGACGUCAGAGGAAGUUAAACAUCUCAAGGAAGGAAUAAACCCUAAGGGAGAUACAGAGAAAGGCGACGAACCUCCCUCAGAUGGUAAAAUCCUGUUCAAGAAACCAGCUAAGCGCUCCUCCACUGACAAAUUUCAAGGAAUAACUGCCAGCUCCAGCAAAAAGAAGAGGGAUGCAGUAAAGAAAGAAGAGAAGAAGGAUGUGAAUUCUGGGAAAAAAGUGAAAAACAGCAGCCUUUUGUCCUUUGGGGGGGAUGAGGAGGAAGAGGAAGACUAGUAUGAUACUCAGUUUUGAUGCUCAUUUAAGCAGUUGAAUUGAAAUUAAUGUGAGGAACGGCAUAAGGGGACUUGGGGGGGAAAAAAUACAUGGUGUGACAGUAUUUGUGUUUAGCCCAACUGUAAAUGGUCUUUAAUUGUCUUCCCCCCCCCCCCCCCCCUUCAUUCAUUCAUCUUCCGUACCGCUUAUCCUCACUAGGGUCGCAGGGGGUGCUGGAGCCAAUCCCAGCUGACUCUGGGCGAGAGGUGGGGUACAUACACCCUGAACUGUUCGCCAGCCAAUCGCAGGGCACAUAUAAACAAACAACCAUUCACACUCACAUUCAUACCUACCAUGCAUGUUUUUGGGAGGUGGGAGGAAACUGGAGUACCUGGAUAAAACCCCCGCAGGCAUGGGGAGAACAUGCAAAGUCCACACAGGCGAGGCCGAAUUUGAACCCGGGUCCUCAGAACUGUGAGGCAGAUGUGCCAACGAGUCGUGUACUGUUCCACCUGGGUUUUUUUUUGUCCAUUCCGCCUGUUUCCCCCCCCCCAUUCAAUUUCACGACAUGAAAGUCAUUUCCUGCUCAUGACUAAUUCAGAAUUCUAAGACAAUGCUGUAGUGUCACUUUUUAGUUAACCAGUAAAGGCCAAGGCAAAUCAUCAAGGCAUAAUUUAGGCAUAUACAGGAAGUCCUCGAUUUACGAACGAGUUCCGUUCCUACGCUGGCGACGUAACCCGGAUUUCUGCAUAAGUCGGAUUUCAUAUAUACAUCAAAAUAAAAAAACAAGAUUCUGUACUUACCAUUACUGCUCCGAGGAAGCAUGUGCAGGUUCUACUGGCCACAAUCGUGCUGGGGACAAAGUGGCGGACGAGGCAAGGGCGUCGUAGGUCGAGUACGUCGUAACUCGAGGACUUCCUGUACUGUAUAUGUCUGGAGUACUGUACUCAUUGUGUCUGUAGUUUCAAUUUCAAAAAAGUAGUUUACAGUUAUUAAAUCUCUACUGAUUUGUAUUUACGGUGGCUGACUGGUUAGCACAUCCUUCUCACAUUUCUGAGGUGCCUACGUGGGUUUUCUUUGGGUACUCCGGUUUCCUCCCACAUCUCAAAAACAUGCGUGGUACGUUGAUUGAAGACUCUAAAUCGCCCGUAGGUGUGAAUGUGAGUGCGAAUGGUUGUUUGCAUGUGCCUUGCGAUUGGCUGGCAACCAGUUCAGGGUGCACCCUGCCUCUCGCCUGAAGUUAACUGGGAUAGGCUCCAGCACGCCAGCGACCCUAGUGAGGACAAGCUGUACGGGAAAAAGGAUGGAUGGAUUUGUAUUUCAAGGUAUUCUAAAGAUAAACACCUUGGGCCCAACACUGGUAUGGUUUGCUAUCACACCUGAAUAAUACGUUUCAAAUAGCAGCAAUAUCUGUACUGAAUUGUCAAAUUUGAAAUCAAUAUUUAGCUCUUUACUCAAUUUGAUGUCUUCGGUUUAUCAAGAAACCUAUGUAUUACCUGUAUUAAUGUAAUGAAUUACUAUAUUAUGUUCUUGGUUCCUGUUCCAGUUAUCAUCAACAAAGUCAUCACACUCCUGGCUCAGUAGUCCCAAAUGGGAUGGAGCCGUGAUAGCAAUGAACCCUCUCCACUGUUAAACUAAUUUAAAUUUCACGUGGAAGUAAGUCUAUUAGGAUUGUUCAGUAACACGGCUCCUGCAUGUACAUAGUAGGUCUGUAUUUGUUGUACAAUUGUAGUGUAAAGUCCCAUGGUAGAAUUUUAAUACAUUCAAUUAUGCAUUGAAUGUAUAUUUUCUAGCUUCAAAGGGAAGCUGUCAAUGUCUCUGUGCAUUAGUUUUAAUGCAAUUAAAUAUUUUUAUGUAUUAUUUGAUUUUUAUGCAUCAUCUGAACAUUAAAUAUUUCAAUCUA